GAACAAGAUGUAUCUUUCACUUCAAUAUAAUUGAACCAUCUAUGGAAAGGGGGGCUUUGCCAUCCUCAUCUGCAUGUCACUUGGAGGAAUAAAGGGACCCGUAUAUCGCUUUCUGCUGCGAUUCUUUGUGCUUGACUUGGAGGUCUUGAAAGAAGCUGCACGCUGCUGCAUGCAGUUACAUGUUCGGGUCAUGAAACUUAAUCCACAGCAAGCUCCGUUAUAUGGUGACUGUGUUAUUACAGUACGGCUGACUGAAGAAGCUGAACUUGAAGAUGAUGUAGUUUUUUACUUGGUGUUUACUGGCUCCGCUGUCCAACACUGCACAAGCACUAGAAAAAUUAAUCGUGGGACCUUGGAGACCAUUGCUCCUGGCCAUGACUGCUGUGAGACAGUGAAGGUGGCACUUUGCGCUGCCAAGGAAGGGCUUCCUGUUCUAGUGGUGGCAGAGGAAAGUUUUCAGUUCAUUCAGGAUGAGGCCUAUGAUGCAGCUCAGUUCCUAGCAACCUGCGCUGGAAACCAGCAAGCACUGAACUUCACAAGAUUCCUGGACCGGUCAAGGCCUCCCUCUGGGGAUGUGGAUUUUCUGGAUGAGAAAGUGGUUUUGGCAUUUCGGCAUCUGAAACUGCCAGCAGAAUGGAAUGUGUUGGGAACAGACCAGACGCUUAAUGGUGAGAACUAG